AUGGCCACGGGACUCCUGGUGUCUCUGCGAGCACUCUCAGGGCUGCUGCUGCUGCUCUGUGCCCUUCCCUGGACUGAGGGUGGGAAGGUCCUGGUGAUUCCCUGGGAGGGCAGUCACUGGCUGAGCAUGAAGAACAUUGUGAGGGAGCUCCAUGCCCGAGGCCAUGAGACUGUGGUCCUGGCUCCAGACGUGUCCACGUUCAUCAAAGGAGAGGAUUUCGUCACUCUGCAAAGCUUUGCUGUCCCGUUCACUAAGGAAGACUAUGAAUAUAACGCGCUGGGCUACUUUAAAAUGUUCUUAGAGACAGAACAAUCUGUCAUGAUGUUUUUAAGCAAUAUGGAACGUAUGAAAAACAUAGCAUUGUUCUACCUGAGGGCCUGCAGUAGUCUACUGCACAACAAGGACCUUAUACAGCACCUGAACUCCAGUUCCUAUGAAGUCUUGUUAACAGACCCUGUGUAUCCCUGUGGGGCUGUGCUGGCGAAAUUUUUGAAUAUUCCUGCUGUGUUUCUUCUGCGCUUCAUUCCUUCGAACAUUGAAUUUGAGUCUGCCCAGGCUCCAAGCCCUCCCUCAUAUGUUCCAAGGUUAUUCACCAGGAAUUCGGACCACAUGAGCUUCCUGGAGAGGGUAAAGAACAUUCUCUACAAUCUGCCAUACAAGAUUAUUUUCCGCAUCUCUUAUAUGCUCUACGAGAACCUGGCGUCGGAGCUUCUGCAGAGAGAGGUGUCCCUCACGGAGAUUCUCAGCCACGCAUCCAUAUGGCUCUUCAGGCUGGACUUUGUGUUUGAGUACCCCCGGCCCAUCAUGCCCAAUAUGAUUUUCGUUGGGGGAAUAAACUGUGUCUUCAGAGAGCCACUCUCUCAGCACAAAUGCACAGAGCAGCAUAUGGAGUCUGGGCAGAAGUGGGUUCUGCCUCCGGGACCUGGCUGCCCACCCCUUGUACUAGAAGUAGUGAUGGGAGUGUUCCUGUUAACGCUGACAUCAGCCGCUAAAGCAACAAUCACAGAUUUCAGGUUCCGACUGCUCAGCCACCAGCUCCAUCUCUUCAUUUCCUUUUAUGGGCAGGGAUUCUGGUCUGGCACAGACUGUAAAAGGAAACCCAAUGACAAACCUCAGAAUGCAGUGAAGACACAAACAAGUAUUCACCUAGGGCUCUUAACAGAGUGCAGGAUCCUGCAGCCCCAGUAUCCAGAACAGAACCUGAAACUGAGCCAUAGCCCUGAGCCGUCUCGUUGUCCCUUUCAAGGAGAUCAGCUUACGGGAGGGAGCGGGAUGCUUCGGGAAUUCACUGUGCCAGUGAAGAGGCUGGUGUUGUCCGGAGGGGCUUUACAAAGAUCUGCUUCAUUCCAUAGAGUGGUCACACGACUCUGA